AUGCCUGAGCUAGAUGAAAUUCAGCACGCCUCCACUUACAGCUCUAGCACUGGAACUGUACCUGUGGAGAGGGGCUGGACUUUCUCCUUUUCCGGAGUUGCCCAGGGCGGGUGUGGGGAUACUUACAAGUCCCCGGCUGCUUGCCGCUAUGUUGAAGUUCUCCUUGGGAACGAUAGGGUUGCCUCAAUGGGGCUGCAAGUCGAGUACCUAGCUUUCUUGGAGUCUCUGGGCGGUAUCCUGGAAAGUGUGCUAACUUGGGACUCCAUUAUUCUCCUGGGGGACUUCAACAGGGGUGUGAUUUGGAGUAACGGCAUGCCCGAUCUGAACCCGAUAGACAGGAUCUCAAGGUGCAGCUCGGGGGAGGAAGGGGUCCAGUUUGGGGACGUCAGAAUUGCAUCUCUGCUUUUUGCAGAUGAUGUGGUUCCGUUGGCUUCAUCACACCAUGACCUUCAGCAUGGAGUUGGGCGGUUUGUGGUUGAGUGUGAAGCCGUCGGAAUGAAAGUCAGCACCUCCAAAUCUGAGGCCUUUGUUCUCUGCUGGAAAACGGUGGACUACGUGAGAUGGACAGGUUAUUUAACUGUUUCCAUUGAGCCUCUGCCUCCCGUUGUCAUUGGAGACACGGUCACGCUCAAAUGCAACUUCCGAACAGAUGGCAACCUUCGAGAGAUUGUGUGGUUUCGGGUGAUGGAAGGAGGCAGUGCCAAGCAGAAGAUUUUCACCUAUGAUGCCAUGUACAACACCAGCUACUCCCAUAUGGAGGACAAUAACAGACGAGAGGACCUGGUCUACCAGUCAACUGUGCGGCUUCCUGAGGUCCAGAUGGAGGAUGAUGGCCUGUAUGAGUGCCAUGUGGGGAUUUAUGACAGGAGCUCCACAGAUAAAGUGAUUCUAGCCUCUGGAAGCAUCGCCCUCACUGUCAUAGUACCUCCCAAGUCUAUUUCUGUGGUGGCAGCUGACAGCCCUGCUCCUUUCAGCCGCUACGAGGCCCAGAACUUCACUCUGGUUUGCAUUGUUACAGGCGCAAAGCCAGCUCCCAUGGUGUACUUUAAGCGGGAUGGUGAGCUUAUUGAUGUGGUGCCAACUUCCCAGUUUUCCUCAUCAGUAGAAGACCAAAGCAAGGGUCCAGGUCUAGAAAAGAGCUGGGGCAAGAGCCAGGCGGGACUCUGGAGCUCCCGAGCUCUUACCAGUCAAGACCUUGAUGACACCAAACUGCAGAGGUCCAUGUCCCUGUUAGAACAAGAGGGAAAGCUAGCCCGGCUGGGUCAAGAUGGCCCCAAAGGCCCCGAACAGAGCCAAGAGCAAGCCUCUGAGUCGGACACCAAGCCAACCACUGAGGUCAUCCCCGAGACAGUGGUGAGCCGGGAGUUUCCUCGCUGGGUCCAAAGCAGUGAUCCGCUCUACUACUUCCAGCACCGACAGCAGGCAGCAGGUGAUGGCACCAUGGAAGUAAGAGCCAUGCUGACCUGGAGCCUCAACCCACAGCUGGACAACGAGGCUUUGUUCAGUUGUGAGGUCAACCACCCAGCUCUGUCCAUGCCCAUGCAGGCCGAGGUCACACUGGCUGCUCCCAGAGGCCCCAAAUUGUCCAUGAUCCCCAGUAAGGCCAAGGUGGGAGACACAGUAUGGAUCACUGUCCAGGGCUUCCAGCUGGGACCUUCUGCAAGUGAUGUUUUCCCUGAGCCCAUAUUCACUUGGACCAAGGUCGGCGGGCGUCUGCUAGAUGGCCGAGAGGAGCAUGACGGAAGGGAACUUGUCCUGGAAAGAGUUCCUGCUGAGCUCAAUGGCUCCAUGUUUCGCUGCACAGCCCAGAAUCCUUUAGGCUCUACAGAUACCCACACCCGCCUCAUUGUGUUUGACAACCCAAGACUGAAGAAAGGAAAAGAACAUUUUAUUGCCAUUGAUGUAGCCGUCAAUCACUGCUCUCUCACUUUAACCUCCGUGCUGCUGCUGGUGCUGAGCUCUACCUGUGAGCUGACGUGA